AUGCUCAACAGUCCUCACCAGUCACCUCCCCUUCCCCCACACAAGGACAGCGCCACCUAUCCUGCCCAGGUCGUCGACUUGACCCUCGAACAGCAAGUCCUCCUCGUCUCCUUCGAGGGCGAUUCUCAGCUAGACCUCCAUCUUGGCCCUCGAGAACCGCCCGAGGUCAAGGAGGUCAAGGAGGUCAUGGAAGCCAUUGACGUCAAGGAGGCAACCGCCCAGGAGACAGCCAAGGACAACACCAAGCCAAAAAGCAGGGCUGGUAGUAUCGGCGCAAGGAGUAAGGAUGCCUUCUCUGCCAUCUCCAAACGUUUCUCCCCUCCUCCUUCCCGUUCCCAAUCUCAAUCCAACUCCUCCCCCUCGACCCCAGCCCCAGCAAGUACUUCUCAGUGUUCAGACACACCUGGUUCGACUGGUUCCACAGACGACAAAGCAGACUGGAUCCUUGUCUGGCUCGCCCUUCAAGGAUCACUCUCGUCACCACACCGACUCGGCAACCAUUCUCCCUCAGCAACACACUCGACGCUCUCGUUCCUCCUUCACAUCCUCGUGCUCAGCUUCAUCCCCGCCCUCAUCAACGCCGACAGCUUCCUCGCCGUCAUCCUCCGUCUUCUUCUCCCCCACGGCCUUCUACUCUUCGAUCUUCAGCCCCAAGCACAGCACGAGCAGUCACAGCCACAGCCACAGCCAUUGCCAUAG